AUGAAGGACUGCUCAGACAUCAUCCUCUGCGUGGAGGCGACAGAGCUGAGCAAGACUGAAUUCUGCAAUCCUGCUUUUGAGCCUGAAUCAGGGCCACCUUGCCCCCUACCCAGCCUCCAGGAGGACGCCAGCUGCAGCACCCGAGCUCCCUGGCAUGGUCGGCGUCCCCGAGGGCUGCAGCCUGACUGCCACUUCUCCUGGCUGUGUGUCCUCCUGCUGGCCAGCCUGCUGCUGCUGCUGCUCGGGCUGCUGGUGGCCAUCAUCCUGGCCCAAUUGCAGGCUACACCUGCGUCCGGGGCCUCCCAUCAUCCACUGCCUUCCCAAGGCCUCACCACCAUUGGCUCCACCCCCACUCCCAUCCCCACCACCUCUCAGGCAACUGGGACCCCUAAAGGGCAACCGGAGGCAGGCAUGAGCCCCGCACCCCAGUCGACCUGUGGGGGCCUCCUUCCUGGCCCAAGGGGCUUCUUCACCAGCCCCGACUACCCAGACCCUUACCCUCCCAAUGCCCACUGCGUGUGGCAUAUCCAAGUGGCCACAGACCAUACAAUACAACUCAAGAUCGAAGCUCUCAGCGUGGAGAGUGUGGCCUCCUGUCUUUUUGAUCGCUUGGAAAUCUCCCCCGAGCCUGAAGGCCCCCUCCUCAGAGUGUGUGGGAGGGUGCCUCCCCCCACACUCAACACCAAUGCCAGCCACCUCCGCGUGGCCUUCGUCUCUGACAGCAGCGUGGAAGGAUCUGGCUUCCAUGCCUGGUACCAGGCCGUGACCCCUGGUCAUGGGAGCUGUGCCCACGAUGAGUUCCCCUGCGACCAGCUCAUCUGCCUGCUACCUGACUCGGUGUGCGACGGCUUUGCCAGUUGCACUGAUGGCAGUGAUGAGGCCAACUGCAGCGCCAAGUUCUCGGGGUGUGGGGGGAAUCUGACUGGGCUCCAGGGCACUUUCUCUGCUCCCAGCUACCUGCAGCAGUACCCUCACCAACAGCUUUGCACCUGGCACAUCUCGGUGCCCACUGGACAUGGCAUCGAACUGCUGUUCCACAACUUCAGCCUGGAAGCUCAGGACGAGUGCAAGUUUGACUACGUGGAAGUGUAUGAGACCCGCAACUCAGGGGCCCUCAGCCUCCUGGGCAGGUUCUGUGGAGCAGAACCGCCCCCGCGCCUCACCUCCUCGCACCACCAGCUGGCUGUGCUCUUUAGGACAGGCCAUGGCAUCAGCAUCGGCGGCUUCUCGGCCACCUACCGGGCCCUCAAUGCCACAGAGAACCCCUGUGGGCCCGGAGAGUUCUCCUGCCAGGAUGGGGGGUGUAAGAAUCUCCAGUGGCUGUGUGGCAUGUGGAGAGACUGCACAGAGAGCAGCGAUGACGACUGCAGCAUCCCCUUGCUCCCACCCCCAGAGCUGGCCUGUGAGCCUGUCCAAGUGGAGAUGUGCAUCGGUCUGAGCUACAACACCACGGCCUUCCCUAACAUCUGGGUGGGCAUGGCCACCCAGGAGGAGGUGGUGGAGGUCCUCAGAGGUUACAAGAGCCUGACAAGCCUGCCCUGCUACCAGCAUUUCCGGAGGCUCCUUUGUGGGCUACUUGUGCCCCACUGCACCCCGCUAGGCAGUGUCCUUCCCCCUUGCCGCUCUGUCUGCCAGGAGGCGGAGCGCCAGUGCCAGUCUGGCCUGGCACUACUGGGCACCCCCUGGCCCUUUAACUGCAACAGGCUGCCUGAGGCAGCUGGCUUGGAGGCUUGUGCCCAGCCCUGA